GAGAAGAGAAAAAUAUCAGAAGCAACGUUGGUAUGAAAAACCAAGUAAACCAUAAACAUGGUACUACACAGUGAGUCAAUGAAAGGGCAUCAUAGUAAGUGGACACUCCCUUCCCAUCUAAGCUUCUUAUUAUAAACCCAAGGCAGAGUCUCCUCUUUCUCCGAACUCCAAAACACAAACAAAAACUCCCGUUUUCUCUCUCUGUUUUUCCAUGGCCAUCUGAUCAAACUUUUCUUGAUUCUCUCUCUCAGUUUUUGCUAUUCUGAGUGAUGGGUAUGCCCUGCCGCUGUUCCCACACCUCCCACAUCACUGAAAUCAUCAUCACCAGCUUCUUCCGCCACAAGUCUUAAAUUACAACAAUUUCCCUCAAUUAUUCAUCAACCAACCACCUUAAUAGCCUUUUCCAAUGGUUCCUUAAAGAUCCAACUUGGUCGGAGUAAACAUGGCGGCUAGUGGAAGUUCCUUUUCCAACAUCACUAGCUUCCUUCGCAACCAACAACCCUCUUCCCAACCUCUCGAUUCUUCUCUCUUCCUCUCUGCUCCUUCAAUUUUUGUUUCAGGUUCGAGAUCCAUGGUGAGUUUUGAAGCAGAAGGAGGGAAGGGGUGUAACGGCUCCUUCUUCCGCGCGUUUGACAUGGACGACAAUGGGGACGAGUGCAUGGAUGAGUACUUUCAUAAACCCGAGAAGAAGCGUCGUCUCUCCAUGAACCAGGUUCAGUUUCUGGAGAAGAGUUUCGAGGAGGAGAACAAGCUUGAACCGGAGAGAAAGACCAAGCUUGCCAAAGACCUUGGUUUGCGGCCACGGCAAGUUGCUAUUUGGUUCCAGAACCGUCGAGCUCGCUGGAAGACCAAGACGCUGGAGAAGGAUUACGAGGCUCUGCAUGCAAGUUUUGAGAAUCUUAAGUCCAACUAUGACAGCCUCCUCAAGGAGAAAGACAACUUAAAAGCUGAGGUGGCGAGCCUCAAUGAGAAGGUGCUUGCAAGAGGGAAACAAGAGGGGCACAUGAAGCAGCAGGCUGAAAGUGAAGAAGAAACAAAAAGAUUAUUGCAUUUGCAGGAACAGGAACCACCCCAGAGGCUUUUACUGGAAUCAGUUUCGGAGGGAGAAGGAUCCAAAGUCUCUUCUGUUGUCGGGGGUUGUAAACAGGAAGAUAUCAGUUCAGCCAGGAGUGAUAUUUUGGAUUCAGAUAGUCCACAUUACACCGAUGGAGUUAACUCCGCACUGCUAGAGCAUGGUGAUUCUUCUUAUGUGUUUGAGCAUGAUCAAUCGGAUAUGUCACAAGAUGAAGAAGAUAACCUCAGCAAAAGUCUCUACCCUUCGUACCUCUUUCCCAAACUUGAAGAAGAUGUGGAUUACUCCGACCCGCCUGAAAGUUCUUGUAAUUUUGGAUUUUCUGAGGAAGAUCACGCCCUUUGGACCUGGGCAUACUAAGUUUUCUUCCAUGUUCAUGUGUGUGUUUGUGUCAUAUGUUUUUUUAGUAAUUAGUAUUUAGUAUUUGCACUUUUUGUCCAGGCUUCAAAAAUGGCUAUAGCUUUAGCUUUAUCAGGAAAGAAAUGUUUGUUUUCUUUUUGCCUCAUUUUGUUAGUACUUGUAAUCAAACUGUUGGUUCCAAUGUAAUUAAAUAAUGUCUUCUCGUUGAGAAUGUAACUAUGGAUUUCA